AGCUAAUCAGCAUCCCAAAAGUGCUCUACUCUAAAGCCAACACAAAGAUCCACUACGGCCUGUUUUUGUUGUUCAAAAGAUUCGGAGUGGACCAGCACGUACACGCGAGUUCCGCUGACACGUUUCUAUCUCACCCACUAAACUUCAUUUCUCCCGUUGCCCAUUUUAAAGCAAUAUAUCCAUCAAAGAAGAUUAAAAAACACAUCACCAACCCAUGGCGGACUACUCGGCACGUGAAGACGUUGAAGCGCGGGAGAUGCAGCAGCAGGGUGAGGAGAGCCGUCCUGUGCGUGCCGCCGGUAUUGUGCAGCCGAUAUCCCCCGAGGACGAGGAGGCCCUUGCCAUGCAGAAACUGGCGGCCGAAGAGCCCAUCAAUUCGCCCCCACCAGAGUCGGAGGCGGACAGCCUGGACGGCGUGAGCUACGUGUGCGGCUUCUUCCACUGGAAGGUUGCGCGCCACGUGGUGUUCCUUGUGCUGGCUGGUCUUGGCCAAGGCUUCCCCACCGGCAUCAACGGUGUCUUCGCCACUUUCCAGACCUACUCGGAGCAGUGCUCGCUGUACACGACGGAGAAGGCGUGCGCCGGCGUGAUCAACCAGGACUGCACGUGGCGGAACAACGCGUGCGAGUGGACCGUGGGGAUGUGCUCGCAGUUCACGCGCGAGGACUGCCACAACAGUGGGUACAUGCACUGCCACUACGACUACGGCGGCAACGUGUGCGUGAACCAGGCCGGCUUCACGUCGCUGUACUCUGGUAUCUUCGCCUGCGCCACGAUGGUUGUUGGCAUUUUCCUCGGUCCUCUCGCUGGCGACUUCCUCGGGUUCUUCCACCACCGGAAGGCCUUCAUGUUCGGCGGGUUCAUCUUCCUGCUGAGCGCGAUCAUGCAGCAUGCCGGCGUGGCGACGAACGAGUACUGGGCGUCCACGAUCGGCCGCUUCCUUGCCGGCGCCGCGCAGCUGUUCAUCACUGUGCCGACGAUGGUGUACGUGAACCAGAACGCGCCUGACCGCUACAAGCAGGUGCUGACGUCGUUCUUCUGCGUGACGAUGAACCUAGGCACGGCGCUUGCUGCCAUCAUUGGCGGCGGCAUGGUGCUGGGCGUGAGCCUUGGCGGCAAGGGCGGCGACCUGUACGGCCUGUUCCAGGGCUACUUGGCGCUCUCGACUGCUGUGGGUGUGAUCACGGUGCUGAUGGGCUACUUCAUGGAGGAAAGCCCGUACUGGGCGCGGGAGUCCGAAGACGAAACUGGGACGCAGCGCGACGGUGAACAGGCUACUGAGGAACACGACGCAAAGGUGCUGGAGGGCAAUGAGGCCGAUCUGCUGAAGCGCGUCGACGAGAUGGAGAAGAAGCGCGGCAUCAACGUUGCGGAGUACAGCUGGGGCUCGAUGGUGGCUCGCCUGCUGGUCGGUGUCGUUGUUGCUGGUGUUGUGCAGCUGACGGGUAUUACUGCCUUCAUGAACUACGCGCCCACGAUCACUGGCAACGUCGGCUUCGACCCCAUGGUCGGCAACAUCGUGCUGAACAUCUGGAACGUGUUCAGUGCCGCGUGCUCGCUCAUUAUUCUGGCGCUCACGACGAACCUGCGGUUUGUGUUUCUCUUCGGUACGGCAGCCGCGUCCGUUGCGUGCAUCGUGAUGGGGAUCGUGACGAUGCCUGGCGUGGUGAAAAGCGACGGGGCCCGCAACGGCGUGUCGAUUGCUGCCAUUGCUGUGUACCUGCUGGUGUUCCAGUCGUGCAUUGGCUGCUCCUUCUACCCGCUGUCGCAGGAGAUGUUCCCGCUGUCCUUCCGCCCGCGUGGCUCCAGUGUGAUGCAGACCUUCCAGGGUGUUUUCGCCUUCAUCAUCAGCGUGUUCUUCCCGAUUGCGAAGGAGGGUCUGUCGGGCGGUGCGAGCGGCAACCAGAACAAGGGUGUUGCGAUCAUCUAUCUGUUUUUUGCGGUCAUCGGAUUGAUCGGCUUUGUCAUUGUGUUUUCCUUCCUGCAGCCGUGGACUGCUGAGGAUGAGCGCCGGUACCGUGAGAAGCACAACAAGGGUGAUGCACCGGAGCCUUGUGCUCACACCUCCGCAGAGCUUUGA